AUGUCUGAUAUGAAUAUUGCACUCACCAAUUCUGUGGGUAAAAUUGAACUUGACGUUACCGAGAUCAAUCAAAUUCUAGCUGCGCUGUCUGAUCAGUUCAAAAAUCAAUUUGCACGAAACAUCACCGAUGAAGAUGUAAGUAUGAUACAAAAAAGUUUCGUCGAACAAAGUGCUCGUGAUCGAAUCACCGAGUCGGUAAAAAGAUCCCAAGUGAUUGAAUAUCCUGAUCAGCUUGGUAAAAGAACGAUUGACCCAAAUUCCGAAGAGUUUAAAGGAAAGAAGGUCUCUAAUAGAUUGAAGUCACUGGCACGAUCGUUGAAGCAUGAUUUGAUUGACCUGGACCAACCUGACGUGUUAAAAAACUGGAAGGAUAUCCCGGAAAAUGAUAGGGAUUUUUACAUGUUGCGCCUGGAAAAGCUUGCGAAUGACAAGGGAUUCAAAAUAUACCAGUGUAAGAGAAUGUGGUGUGCCAAAAGCUUGUUAAGGGAGAGCUUUAAAAGUGACAACCAAACACACAGAAGAAGGAAUCAACAAGAUCCCGAUAGUUCAGGCUCUAUCAAUGACGCUUUCGAAGAUGUGGGUCGCGAUGAGUCCCCCAUCAUAGCAGACGUGGUCCUUCAAAUAACGAUGAUAAGGGUGUAUAGCCCCUUCAAAAUAACAGAAAGUGUAAACAAAUAUGUUGGAUUCGGACGGUUCUAUCUUUACCAGGAAAUAGCCUUUCAAAAGUCAUGUUUUAUUCUUAUUGAUAUCAUACUGCUUACAUAUAGACUAUUUAUUCGGUGUACCUCUCACUCAAACGACGACAUUUUAGGAACACUACCGGUCAAAGUGUUAAGAGAGUCAAAGAACAUCAUAACUGCCACUUUUACAAGCCAGGAAAAUGGAAGCUGUGAAGGAUUUGUCUUCAACAAACUAAAAUAG